UCUGUGAUGAACAUCUGUGAUAUAACAGUAAUUCUCUGAUACUCAAUUCUCUGAUAUUCAAUGAUAACUAGCUUUAAUAUAAAAUCAGAAAGUCCAAAAGCUAGCAAUAUCGAUAGUAUAACAACAUCCAAUCAUGACUUUAUAGCAGAUUCCUAUCCACUGCAUCCACAAUUGUUUUAUUAUUAGUAUAAAUAAUUCUAUUUAUUAGUAUAAACUGCUCACACAAUAUGAAAGCAAAAAUGCAACAAAAAUCAAGUAUUAUUUACUGUCAUGACGUGACAGUAAAUAUUGAGCAGUCUGUCAUAUCUAAAAUAAACAGUAGAAAAACAGCAAAAUAUAUAAGCAUAAGGAUGCAAAUUCAUUGACGCUAAAAAGUAGCGUCAACCAUUGGUUGAACAAAGAAGUAAGUAGUUGCUUCAUUGUUUAACCAAACAAAUCCUCUGACAUACGAUUUAUCGGACUAUUGCUAUAUCUUUCAACCUCAGAAGUGGGAUCACCGGCUAGAGGAAUCUUUGUGCGGCCACGGUUCAAGGUCAGGACACCUGCGUAAGAGAAAAAAAAAGUAGCGUUAAUACGGAACGUGGCGAAUAAAAUGGAUCGGACUUCACUGGAAAGACUUGGUCGAGCAAUUGAAACAAGAAGCGGCUAGAUAUCGUCUUCCAUCGACGGGUCGAAAGAUCGAACUCAUCGAGAUGAUCAUCUCGCAUUUGAGCCACGGACCCACAGAUUUGCUGAGGUUGACCCCGAACCAGAAGACAGCCCGUGCCAGGGCGUGAUCGACGGGCAGCUCGAUUCAGGCGUUGGCCUCACAAAUUCCAGAGUUUUUCAAGAAGGAAAACGUGCGAUCCUGGACUCGCAGAGUCGAGAAAGUCGCUCAGGUGCGGGGGUGAGCGACAGCGUGACGUUGGCGGCCUCCAGCAAGUUAACAGGAUCUGCUCGAAGGUGGUUCGACAUCCAGGACGGACCGGUGGUUGAGUCGUGGCUGGGACUCCGCAACGACCUGAUUAAAAUGUUCGAUCAGAAGGUGCUUUUUUCCAAACUAAUGCAGAAGAUCGAAGGAAGAAAGUGAUUACCUGGCAAGGAGACCUAUGACGAAUACGCCAUAGACAAGUUGGCGCUGAUGCAUCGGGUGGACCUGGAGAAGGACAAAAUCCACUUGUUGAUUGGCGGCAUCAUUCACUCCUCGCUGUGCGGCAUUGCAUUGUCCAUGAACGCACCGACGGUGGACUCCUUCAUGGAGCACAUGAGGCGAAUCACGCACGGCGUCGCGGACCAAGACAGGAAGCUGACGGCAGUGAACGCGACGGCCAAGUCCAAGGAUGGAGCCUGCAGGAAUUGCGGGAAGAAGGGUCACGGCCACAAGGAUUGCAGAGGACGGGAGAAGUCAAAAAUCAACGGCGACAUCGGUGGGGUCUCGGAGGCGUCAACGAGCACGGUGGCGGCUGAAGUCUCGGAGGAACAUUCCAGAGAACAUGAUAGCAGCCGUCCAGGAGGGUCCUCGCCGGCUCAUCAUCAAAGACCCGUUGAUCGUCGUCUGUUAGGAAAAAGCAGACAAUUAUCAGCGUUGAUUGAUGCGGGGAGUCCCGUUUCUUUCAUGAAGUAUAACAUAUAUUGUAAAUAUGUAAAACCGGUGCGCGUAAAAAUCAAUCCGACAAACAGAAUAUUAAAAAAUUUAAGCGACCAGGCGUUGGAAAUUUGCGGGUCAAUCGAAGUUCAUAUAACGUUGCGAGCGUUACCAGAAGUUAAAUUUUUAAUAUCUUUUUUUGUGUUAAAAAACGUUUUUUUUCAGCUGAUCUGAUAAUAGAUCACUUUUUUUGUAAACGAAAACCUUACCUUAAUAUUGAAGCUUUCUGUUCAAGGCCAAUACAACACGGUCGAACUGAAUUGCACUUGUGUUGAGGAGCGAAAUAACAGCCAAAAUAAACAAUUGAUAAACUUACAACAGACUUUGGAUAUAAUGUAGAUAAGCGAUUAAAACCAUUGAUAAAUAAAACCGAAAAUAAAAAGAUUAUACUUGCAGAAGACGACUAUUGCAUGAAGGUCAGACUCAAAGACGACUCCGUAUACGCGUACGUUCCUCGGAGAUUCGCUCAUACCGAAUGACUUCAGAUGCGGAAAAUUACCGACGAUCUCCUCCAAUGCGAUAUUAUCCGUUCAAGUGUAUCAUCAUAUUGUGCAAGGUUCGUCCCUGUAAAGAAAAAAGACGGCAGUAUGAGACUGUGCAUCGAUUUACGACCAUUAAAUAAUAAAGUUGUCAAACACAAAUAUCCAUUUCCCGUAGUCGAAGAAUGCCUCGCGAGACUCGGGCAUAAUAAAGUAUUUUCGUUGUUAGACUUAAAAGAUAGUUUUCAUCAAAUAAGAAUACACGAGAAAUUGAUAAAAUAUUUUUCGUUCGCGACUCCCGACGGACAAUUUGAAUAUAAAACUUCCGUUCGGUUCUUGUGAAGCACCGGCCGAAUUCCAGAAAAGAUUGAUUCAAAUACUAAGUUCGUUCAUCCGAGAAGAUAAAGUAAUUUUAUAUACUGACGAUGUCUUAAUUCUGUCAAAAACUGUUUUGCAAAGAAAAUUUAAAAACAAUCGAAGAAAUUAUACUCGUUAUUAAAAAAUACGAGUUCGCGUUGAAUUUAUCAAAGUGCAAGUUUCUCCGAAAAGAAAUAGAGUUCCUCGGUUACGUGAUUUCUAAAGACACUAUUACAUUAAGCCCGCGGCAUACCGAGGCAGUUAAAAACUAAGCAACCGAUAGAUCGGCUUCAAUUACAAAGAUUUCUCGGUCUUGUAAAUUAUUUUCGAAGAUUUAUUAAAGAUUACGCGAGGAUAAUACAACCGCUUCAAAAUCUCUUAAGAAAAGGCACGAAGUUUGAUUUUGAUAACGCGUGUAUCGAAGCUUUCAAUAAAUUAAAAGUAGAACUCACAUCGACGCCGGUGUUACGCCUAUUGUAUAAUCCAGCAGCCGAAACACAACUGCACAUAGACGCCUGCAGUACGAAUCUCGACGCAAUUCUGCUCCAGAGGCAAGCAGACCAGUCCUGGACUCCAGUUGCGUACUUUAGUCAUAACCACCAUUAACACCGCUGAAAAGAAUUAUCAUAGUUACGAGUUAGAAAUGUUAGUCGUGGUGCGAGGUCAUUGAAAAAUUUCACUUGUAUUUGUACGGCCUAAACUUUACGGUAAUAACAGAUUGUAAUGCGAUUGUCUAUGCAGCAAAGAAAAUGAAUCUAAAUCCUAGAAUAGUGAGAUGGACUCUUGCACUGCAAAAUUAUACGUUUAACAUAACACACUGGCCUGGCAUACGCAUGUCCCACGUGGAUACACUCAGUCGUAGCGUUGCAUAUGUGAAUGAGCUUCCUCUCGAGCGUAAGUUGGAAUUUCGUUAAGGGGUUACACCUAUUUGAAUUUUUUUUUUGCAUUUUUUUUUAUUGGCUUAAAUGAUGUAAAAACAUCUCAAAAAUGAUAUUCAAUCGUAAUUUUAGUCCAAAAAAUUUUUUAAAUAACCUUUUUAGCUAAAUUUGUGAGUCUACCUUUGUAUACCUUGAUGCUAUAAAAAAAAUUUAUGAAGAUUUAAGUGCCAAAGAAUUACUUACGCGUUGUCUUGGAGCAUACACGCAAAAUAGCAAUAAAUCAUUCAACUCUGUCGUUUGGACCAUAGCGCCUAAAUCAAUAUCUAGUGGCAAACGUAUUUUGGAUGUAGCAUGUAAUAUAGCCACGAUUUUCUUCAAUGACGGAUUUUUAGGCUUGCUACGAAUUAUGAAAGUGCUUCAAUUGCCAAUUAGCGUUGAAUUACAUAAUUAUUGCUUGAUAAUCGACGAACACCGUGUGAAAGCCGCAAAUCGCUCAUCAUCAAAAUUUGAAAAAGACGCUCGGCAUGACUUAAAAUCGUUAAGAAAAAAAGAUGAGGAUCAAAAUCUGAACUUGGAAGGAAUUCUUUAUGGUCCUGGGAUAGCAGAGUAAAGGUAAAAAAAUUAGCAAGCUCCUAUUUUGAAUUUUUCAUGCAGUAAAUCGUUUCCAAAACUUUGAACGCGAUUAUCUCAAAACCACGUUUUUCAAAUCGGCAGUACAAAUAACUCUUUCAAUUUUUAUCCAAUCGACUUACAAUUUUAACUGUAGCUUUUUAGAUAGAUUUUAAAGAGAAGUACGCACGAUUUUUGAGAUCCAUUAAUAAUUACGUGUUUUAUAAACAUUUAAAGGUCGAUUUUUUUGGUGAAAAACAAAAUGUUGGCUUUAAACUUGUGUCAAAUUGCAAAAAAUGAUUAUUUUUUAAUAAUCGUGUGUACUUCUCUGAUAAAUUUAAUGUAAAUUAUAAAAAAAUUUUUUUUUUCCUACAUGCAGAAAUAAAAAUGGCAUUUGUACUGCCGCAGACCACCUCCAAAAAAAGACACGAUGCUUUGAGUAUCUCUACAUCCGCCAUUUUGAACAAAAAAAUUAAAAAAAAAAUUAUUUUGUAUACUUCAAUAUAUGUAUAAUAAACCCUCAAAAUUUUAUUUACAUUGAUUUAUUUUAUCACAACGAAAAAAAUUUCUUAAAAAAGGCUUUUUUCCGACCGUUCAAAUAGGUGUAACCCCUUAAUUGGCGGACCCUAAAAUACAUGAGAUAGCGAAAGAAUUAGAAAUGCAGGAUAAUGAUCGAUUUAAUCUAAUAGAUGGAUUAGUAUAUAGACGCGAAAAUGAAAGCAUGAAAUUCGUAGUGCCUGAAUCGAUGAUAAUUAGCAUUUUACGACCAUUUUACGAGCUCACCAUGAUGAUAUGGCACAUUGUGGUGCCGCAAAAACUGUCGUAACUCGACGAAAUAAUAAAUUAAUUAAUUAAAUAAACAAAACUUGAAAUAAGACUAAAACAGCAAAACAAAAUAAGUUAAAAAUAAAUAAGAGGUAUUAAGAAAUAAAAAUAAGACGUGACAAAAAAAAGCAAGUCACGGCCAAAGCUGAAUAAGCAUAUCGAAACCGAGCACGGAGCACGAACCGCGCUCCAGCCCGAGGUCAACACUUCUUUCCUCAAGCUAAACGAUAUAUAAACCGAUCGCGAGAUCAACGAGAGAGUCGUCAUUAAUACUAGGUCAUCAGUAAUACAAGUCGUCGUGACAGUUAAGUAAGCUCGCCAUACGUCUACUUUAACGUGUAAAUAGAUUCAAGAAUAGUGUAAAACCAAUUUAAGAAGAACGACCGAAAUAUAUUCCUUUACUACCAAGUACGGAGUGUCUUCAUUUGCUGCCUGGAUUCCAAUCCUUUGGGCGAAUAAUCCCGAAGACCCGUCCUCCACGGUUCGGGCACAACAUUAAUUGGUGGCAGCGGUGGGAUUCGCCAGCAUCAAGUGAGACAAAGGAAAUGAAGGACGUCGUGAUUACACACAUCCGCUACUACAAUGAAAACCAGAGAAGUCGACUAGGAACUUCCCGGACACCCGAUACAACGAGGUAACAACCGGACUGCAAUUCGAGGAGGAGCCGACCUACCUCAACCACGAAAGACAACGCGAGAACUGCGACCAAAGGAGAAUGCUGCUCAUCGUACUAAUGUAAAUCGAAUGAAGCAAACAUAAUAACGCGUGGAUAUCGGAAGGACCGACCAAAUAAUAAAGCGAACGCAUCGUGGCUACAUAGCGCAUCUGCGGAUAGAGCAAUAACGCGUAGUUUAUAAGCCCGCAGAGAAUAGCAGAAACCGCGCUUAGAGAUAUCAGUAAUAAUGUGCGUAGAAAUUUAGAAGCAUAUUACUCAAGUGAUAGCUCAUCCGAAUACGGAGCGAACGUAAUAACUGAACGCGAAUAUUCAUUUGGCGAAAUAGAUCCGAGCUUAAUUGUAAACACCGACGACUGUGCACCAGACGCCGAGUCAGCAGUUAGCUCGCUCAAUAGAAUGACACAUAGGCACGAAUUUUCCUUAACGUCAUAUGAUCCGAGUAUUUUCAAUCCAGAAAUAAUAUAUUAUGAACGUAGAAGCAUGACACACACCACAGAGUACAUCGCGAGACGUUACUUCCGUAGAGGUGAAUAGAGAAAUCAAUCGAUUACGAGAAGAACUGGAUAACGAUAUCAUGAACGCUCGUACACGACAAAGAUCGCAACAAGAAAUAAAUAAUCCACCUAACGAAUUUAGAGAUAUGAUGCAAGCAAUGAUGCACGAGAUUAGCAACCUGCAUGUCGAAAUGAACGAUAUCAGAGAGAGGCAAGAAAGACAGAGUAACGGACGCCUCACGCCAUUAGAAGAUAGACGUGAACCAACGUACGACCCUUCACCCAACUAUGUACGACAUCAUCGAGGACGCGGACAUUUACCGUUGAAAGAAGUACGCGGUUUAAUUCCAGAAUUCGACGGAUCGGCAAACAAACUACAAGAAUUCUUAAGUGCAACAACGUACGCGGUUGAAAAUAUUAAUCCGUUAGAUGAACUCACACUACUAGGCGCAGUAUUAUGCACGAAAUUAAAAGGCAGAGCAAUGUUAGAUUUUCAAAAGAUUCGAAAUUUUGCACAAUUGAAACAAGAACUAGAAGCCUGCUACGCCAGUAAAAAGAACACGAUACAUCUACAAAUAGAAUUCAAUACGUUGAAACAGAAAACCGACGAAAAUGCGAGAGCAUACGGACUUCGAACAGACAAGUUAGCGAUGGAACUAUACGAAUCAAUGUUAGACGGACAACAAUAUACGGCUGAUCAUAAACGCGUAAUACUCAACAUUAUUCAGCAACAAGCCUUAGAGAAUUUUCAGAUCGGAUUAAAUGACGAUAUCAAAACAGUAGUACGAUCCCGAGGAUAUACGACACUGCAAGAAGCGAUAUCAGCUGCGACCACAGAAGAGAAGAUCAAGGAACCGACGAUAGUUAGCACGCAAUCAAAGAGCGCUGCGACACCGACAUAUUAUCGUGACACUAGAAAUGUCAUACAAUGUCAAAAAUGCAGAAAAAUAGGGCAUCAUGGACGAGAAUGCCGCACAAGCCGUUACGCGACACGAUUUUUGUUACCGAAACCGGAGCGACACUCGCGCGUAAAUACUGUCAAUAAAUACUGCAACUAUUGCAAGAAAACUGGCCACAAUCGCGAAGAAUGUUGGCUGCUACACGAAUGACCUAACAAGGAUCGAUCUAACCGCCUAAAGCAGAAUCAAACAGCACGAGAAAAUAAAAGUCGAUAUAAUAACGACAGAAAGAAAAAGAAGACCGAUUACGCCAAAGAGAGUGAUGAAGAAGACAGGAAAGAGAAAAAACAGAGACCUGCCGUCGAGUAUCACGUAUCGCAACGUAAGACAAACACCUCAUACACACACAGGACUGGAUUUAGUUGCAUUACCCAUGCAAGAGGCAAAGGGAGGAAAAGUAAAUUUAUUAUGUGAUACAGGAGCGGCCAUUUCACUUAUUAAGGUGAGAAAUUUAAAAGGAGAAACAAUGAUAACCGAGGAUAAAAUAGCCCUCACAGGUGUGAUCGGACACAAGAUCCACACAAUUGGACGGAUAAACGCCUGUAAAUCUACGAGAUGGAAAACUAAAACACAGACUGUAUGUCGUGAAAGACCAUUUUCUUAUAGAAUACGAAAAAAUAUUAGGAAUAGACUUCCUUAAGAAAUAAGAGGCGAUAUGCAAUUACGCCACAAAACAGCUAAGACUCGGACGGAAUAUACUAAGACUAUAUCCUUAUCGGAAGAUCACAUUACAACCUCGAAGCGAGACGAUAGUGCAAGUAGCAACAACAAUCAACAUGAUGGGACUAACCAAAGCAGAGGAGAUAAUACCAGGAGUAUUUAUAGGAAAUUGCCUAGUGGAGCCCGAAAAUUUUUUAUGUCCUACGAGCGUGAUAAAUACAAAUGAAAACAAGUAAAUAUAACCUGCACAGAAGCGGAGGAGAAAAGCCUUCGACUGAAAAAAUAUUGCAGAAUAUCCGCACUGGACAUCUAAAUAAAAAAGAGGAAAGGUCAAUAAAAGAAAUCUGCGAAGAAUAUAGCGACGUAUUCCACACAGAGGGAGAGCCGUUCACAUGUAUGAAUACAGUAACACAUCGAAUUGCAACGCAAGCAGAUAGUGCAGCGGUUAACAUAUGACUGUACUGGCUAGCCGAG